AUCAGUCCCGUUUCCAGCAUAACAUUCACAGGAUUCUUUGUAUAAGAUAUAAGUCUAACGAUAGAAGAAUUCUUCUUUUUUACCCAUGGUCCGAUGAAAAUAAUUUUCGACUUACACUUGUCAUAUUAAAAAUAUAAAACAUGUAUAUGCGAAAACAUCUUUCGUUGAUGUAACGUGUAGAAUCAAUCCUCCAAAGAUAUUCCACAGAAAUACACGUGAGUUAUGAAACCGUCUUUACAUUCAGUUGAGACAGAAAAGUCGUUGAUGGUUGAGUACCACUGACUUUUAAAGAGAAACAAGAAGAAUCGAAUACGUUCCGGUUCUCUUGAUUCAUUUCCAAAUUACGCUUGUCAUAGAUACGAAAGACCAGAAAUUUGCGAAUAGGUUAAUUGUAAUUCCAUAUAGAAAAGCGUUUUCGUAAUUGGAAUUGAGUUCUUGUUCGAUAUUGUGAAAACUAUCAACUACGAUGGAGGAGUUGACGAGACAUUUAUCUAAAAUAAGGAUACCACAAAAGCACGAUAAAAUAUAUAAGGACGAGUGUGUUUAUUCUUUCGACACUCCAGAUAGUCCUACUGGGUUAUAUGUGAAUCUUACUACCUUUUUGGGAUUAGGUCAGGAUCAUAUACAACGUUAUUAUCUCUUAACAAAAAAUCCUGUAUUUUUACAUGUCAAACGAACUAAAAAGGAGAUACCGUCAGAACUUCAAGGAGAUGGACCUGAGAAAAAAAUUACGAGAUUGGCUAUAGGAACAUCCGAUGGAUUUACACCAGAUCAACAGAAAUAUAUUUAUCAUCACUCUUAUCAAAUUGUUAUUCUACCAAACUUUAUAACAAUACCUUAUCCCACAGAUAAUUUACCAGAACAGGUUGAGCAAGCCAUUAAAUGUAUAUUAGAAGCUGAAUCCGCAACCAAAUUGGCUGAAGUGGAAGCACUGUCUGGAACUUGGGAUGGAGAAAUAAAAGCAGUUUCAAAGCAUGCCACAAAUCUGAAACAAUUAGACAAUGGAAAAAAAAUACCACCAGGUGGAUGGAAAUGCGAGAAAUGUCAUCUCACUCAAAAUCUAUGGCUUAACUUAACCGAUGGCAGAAUUCUUUGCGGACGUAAAUUUUAUGAUGGAACAGGUGGAAACGAUCAUGCCCUUGAACAUUAUACGGCUACCGGUUAUCCUUUGGCUGUAAAAUUAGGAACUAUAACUAAGGAAGGCAAAGCGGAUGUGUAUUCUUAUGAUGAAGACGAUAUGGUCGAAGAUCCGCAUUUAGUGCAACAUUUAGCUCACUGGGGAAUUAAUAUUACUCAAAUGGAGAAAACUGACAAAUCCAUGGUAGAGCUUGAACUAGAUCUUAAUCAAAAGUUUGGUGAAUGGGUUGCACUCCAAGAAGCAGCUAGUAAAUUAACACCUUUGUAUGGACCUGGAUACACUGGACUUGCAAAUUUGGGAAAUUCUUGUUACUUAAAUAGUGUUAUGCAAAUGUUAUUUGUGAUUCCAGAUUUUGUUAAAAGAUUCGUAGACGAUGCACCACAGAUAUUUCAACAAAGUUACACUGAUCCAGCAAAUGAUUUUAAUGUUCAAAUGGCUAAGCUCGGAAUUGGUUUACUUUCUGGUAAAUAUUCACUACCACCAAGUACAAAUAAUGAAGAUGAAUCGCGCCAGGGUAUUCCACCUCGGAUGUUUAAGACACUAGUUAGUCGUGGACAUCCAGUGUUUUCUUCGAAUCGGCAGCAAGAUGCGCAAGAGUUCAUUCUCCAUAUAAUAAAUGUCAUAGAUCGUCACAGUCGCCAUCAAACGAAUCCCACCGACUGUUUCAAAUUCAAAGUCGAGGAAAGGUACCAGUGCAGUAGUUCCAACAGAGUAAAAUACACUUAUCGACCGGAAUAUCUGGAAGCAAUUAUUCCAGCCGAAAUAGUGGAACAAUUUUAUAGUUCAGCCCUGAAUAGAAAAACAACAGCGCUAAAGACAACCAGACUUGCUACCUUCCCGGAUUAUUUAUUAAUACAUUUAAAAAAGUUUACGGUGAAAGAAGACUGGACGCCGAUCAAGUUGGAUGUAGCUAUUGAAAUGCCAGACCUGCUGGAUUUGAGUUCUCUUCGGGGUCACGGCUUACAACCCCUCGAGGAAGUAUUGCCAGAAACAUCUGGUUUCCAGUCUCCGUUACCAGUUUAUGAUUUCGAUAUAUUAAAUCAAUUAACAGACAUGGGAUUCCCUCUAGAAGCUUGCAAAAGAGCUCUCUAUUUCACAGAAAACCGUGGCUCAGAAGCAGCAACUACCUGGUUAAUGGAGCACAUCGCAGAUUCGGAUUUUGCGGAUCCUUUUGUACCACCUGGAUUUGAUGCAAAACCAAAAAAGGAUAAGUUCAUGGUUAACGAAGAUGCCGUAACAAUGGUCAUGGGAAUGGGUUUUACGAGAGAACAAGCGAUAAAAGCACUUAAGGCGACGGAUAAUAAUUUAGAACGAGCAGCGGAUUGGAUUUUUAGUCACCAAGCUGAGUUAGAUGCUUUGGACGUUGACGAUGAGCAGGGACAUUCCGAAGAGACGUUUAGGGACGGAAAUGACCAAUUUAAACUAGUGGGCUUUUUAUCACAUAUGGGACCUGCAACAACGGUAGGGCAUUACGUGUGUCACCUGUUAAAAGAUGAUCGAUGGGUAAUAUAUAAUGACGAUAAAGUUGCAUUGUCUGAAAAUCCACCAAAAGAAUUAGGAUACAUAUAUCUAUAUCAACGCAUCGAUUAGAUUAUACAAUUGUUUUGUAUAAAAGAAAAAUGUAUUCUAUUACACUUUAACAGUAAAAACUAACAAGCAGAAAUUUUUCAUUUUACAAUUAAUAUGGAAUUCACUUAAAAUGGAAUCUUUCUCUGCAAAAAAUAAAUUACCAUGAAGACGUAAAAACGUCGAUUUAUUUUUUAACAAUGGCACCAUCUUACAACGUGUAUAUAGCGUUUCAUAUUCUCUCAAGUCAUAUAUAUAUAUAUAUAUAUAUAUAUAUAUCUGUAACAUUAUUAAAAAAUUUUAAAUGCAUCGUGAUAAACUACAUAGAGAUCGUUUUCAAUAAACUUUAUGAAUCUUAUAUCAGUUCUUGAAUAAAUAUAAUUUGAAUUUUA